GCCUCGGCAGAGCGCGAGUGGCCGGCGGCGGUCCCGCUGCCUGCCCCGCACCAUGCGGGUCCCGCCGCCUCCCCACGCCGCGGCGGCGGCGGAGCCGGGGCAGGGGCAGCUAGCGCGGCGCCCCGCGCCAUGGUGACGGGCUCGGCGCUGGGCUCCCGCAGCCGGGACCGAGCCGCGCCGCCCCGCUGCCCGUCCCCGUCGGCGAGCGGGCGGCGCGGCGGGGCGGCGGCGGCGGCGGUGCUGGCGGGGCUGUGCGCCCUCUGCUACGGCAACUCCCUGAGAGGCGAGUUCGUGCACGACGACGUCUGGGCCAUCGUGAACAACCCCGACGUGCGGGCGGCUGCCCCCGUGGCCGCCGCCUUCGCCAACGACUUCUGGGGCAAGCGGAUGGCCGAGAACACCAGCCACAAGUCCUACCGGCCCCUCUGUGUCCUCACCUUCAAGUUAAACAUAUUGCUGGCUGGCAUGAACCCCUUCUAUUUCCACGCAGUGAAUGUAAUUUUACACUGUCUAGUGACUCUUGUGCUGAUGUACACUUGUGACAAAGCUGUGUUCAAGGAUUGUCGACUUGCUUUUGUCACGGCGCUGUUCUUUGCUGUGCAUCCCAUUCACACCGAGGCUGUAACAGGUAUAGUAGGCAGAGCGGAUGUCCUAGCCUGUCUACUCUUUCUGUUGGCUUUUCUCUCCUAUAAUAGGAGUGUGGAUCAGCUUUAUGUUGGGGAACAUUUCCCUCCCACUGCCUCCCCGUUCUUUUUGCUGCUUAGUUUAUUCCUUGGGACAUGUGCAAUGCUGGUGAAAGAAACUGGAGUCACUGUGUUUGGUGUGUGCUUGGUUUAUGACUUCUUUUCCCUCUCCUGCAAUGGACUCAAAGUGAGAAAUGGGGGGAUCCACCACAGACCUGCCCGGCAGUCAGCAGCUUCUCCCUCUGCCUCGCUGCAGGUCCCUCCAGCUGGCAGGGAGAAUGGGAAGCAUCGCUUUGCUCACCGAGGCGCCUGGAGCUCCUGCCACCCAGCAUCACCCGAGGAGCAGCGGAGCGGUGGCCUUUCUGUGCCCAGCAAAGCCAUGUGGGCCAUUCGGAGCUACCUGACUGCAAAUAACAACCAGAAUUUCUUGUGUACCGCACGGCCUUUUUUGAAGAGAGCUGUUUUGGUGAUUAGCUAUGUGAUUCUCGUGUUGUAUUUCCGCCUCUGGAUAAUGGGAGGAUCCAUGCCGAUGUUUUCGGAGCAGGACAAUCCAGCUUCAUUCUCACCGUAUUUACUGACGAGGUUUCUAACUUACUCCUACCUUCUGGCCUUCAAUGCAUGGCUUCUGCUGGCACCAAUCACCCUGUGCUAUGACUGGCAGGUCGGCAGCAUCCCUUUGAUCGAGUCCUUCUGGGAUGCAAGGAACUUAGCCACCGUGUUCCUGGUGCUGGUGAUGACCUUACUCAGCCUACAUUGCAUAGCUGCAUUCAAGAAACUGGAACACAAAGAAGUUUUGGUUGGCUUGUUGUUCCUGGUUUUCCCAUUCAUCCCAGCCAGCAACCUCUUCUUCAGGGUGGGAUUUGUGGUGGCAGAGCGAGUCCUUUACAUGCCGAGUAUGGGGUACUGCAUCCUCUUUGUCCAUGGUCUAAAAAAGCUGUCUACACGGUUAAAUAAGUGGAGAAUUACUGUUCUGACCCUCUUUGCUUUACUGCUGCUGCUUUUCUCUUGGAAGACUGUGAAACAGAACGAAAUCUGGCUGUCACGAGAAUCCCUUUUCAGCUCAGGAGUGAAGACCCUGCCCCACAAUGCCAAGGUGCACUACAACUACGCCAAUUUUCUCAAAGACCAGGGCCGUAACGUUGAGGCGAUCUACCACUACAAAACUGCUCUCAAGCUGUACCCUCGUCACGCAAGUGCUCUCAACAACUUGGGGACAUUGACCAAAGAUGUGGUGGAGGCAAAGGAGUACUAUAGACGGGCCCUUCAGUUAAACCCUCAGCACAAUCGAGCUCUCUUCAAUCUCGGCAACCUGCUCAAAUCCCAAGGGAAGAAGGAGGAAGCUGUGAUCUUACUGUGGGACUCCAUUAAGUACGGCCCAGAGUUCGCAGAUGCUUACUCAAGCCUGGCCUCGCUGCUAGCCGAACAGGAACGGCUUAAGGAAGCGGAAGAGGUCUAUAAGGCUGGCAUAGAGAAUUGUCCAGAGAGCUCCGAUCUGCAUAACAACUAUGGUGUUUUCUUGGUUGAUACCGGGGCUCCUGAGCGAGCCGUGUCCCACUACAAGCAGGCCAUCCACCUGAGCCCCGCUCACCACGUGGCUAUGGUCAACCUGGGCAGGCUUCACCGCUCCCUUGGGCAGAACAAAGAGGCUGAAGUGUGGUAUAAGCGGGCACUGAAGGUAUCCCGGAAGGCUGAAAUCCUGUCCCCACUGGGGGCUCUGUAUUACAACACGGGGCGGUAUGAAGAAGCAUUGCAGGUUUACAGAGAAGCAGCAUCACUGCAGCCUUCAAACAAAGAGAUCCGACUGGCACUGGCUCAGGUUUUAGCAAUGAUGGGGCGGACAAAGGAAGCUGAAAAGAUGACGAACCAUAUACUCAAUGAGGAUGUGAGGUGUCUGGAGUGCUACCGCCUUCUCUCGGCCAUCUACAGCAAGCAGGAGCACUAUACUAAGGCACUUGAAGCUAUAGAAAAAGCUCUUCAGCUAAAACCAAAGGAUCCAAAAGUCAUAUCAGAGCUCUUUUUCACUAAAGGAAACCAGCUAAGAGAACAGAAUCUCCUUGACAAGGCUUUUGAGAGCUAUAAACAGGCUGUGGAGCUCAACCCAGACCAAGCACAGGCCUGGAUGAAUAUGGGAGGCAUUGAGCACAUCAAGGGGAGUUACAUCACUGCCCGUGGCUACUAUGAGAAAGCCUUACAGCUGGUUCCAAACAGCAAGUUGCUGAAGGAGAAUCUGGCCAAACUGGAUCGCUUGGAGAAACGGUUUCAGGAAGUCCAGGAGAAAGACCAAACAUAGCAUUCAGUCACCAGUGGAAUGAAUCUCGUGCCCCUUGGAGAAGAGUAUGGUGGAAGCAUUCUUGAAGUGAUGCUGAAGGAACUUUGAUAGGACUCAGACUUACGGAAGGCAGAUUUUGAAUGCAUGCUUAUGUUUGACCAAAGUUACAGGAGGCACUCAGCUCCUGUGGGACAUGCUGGAGAAUGAACAAAAACCUUCCUUUAAUCAAGAUUUUUGUUUAGGCUGGACCCAUUUUAAGCACACUGGGAGUGUGGGUGGGACAAGUACCUUCAAUAUCUUGGUUAUCAGUGGGGAAACCAUGGAGACAAAGCACUCAUCCAUUGCAGCAGGGGUGAAGUAACACUUCUUGUUACUCAAUACAGGCUCACCUUGUCCACGUAAAGUACCACUAAUGGGCUUCAUUACAAGUGCUGCCAGGUCCUUUUGAGCCAGGAAAAAUGGUCAUAAUGGUCACAUUAAAAGGUUUCAAGGGAUUAAUGCUGACGAAGUGGUGGCCACUUGUACAGCUCCAAAUGUGACUUGAAAAUUAUUCUAAAAGAAGGGAAAACAGUAUCUAAUAUCACCCUAGAAGGAUGAUUCUACAAGUAGGACAAAUGAACCUUUGAGGGAAGACCUCACCUGAAUGUUUUACUCAUAAGAUAGUCAUUUUGUAGUAAUUCAAGUUUGACAAUACUGUCAAAUAUAUGGCUUUACCCUUUUCCCUCUCCCUCCAGGCCAAACAGUUAUUACUCUGAAAAACGUGGAAACAUCCAAAAGCAAUAGGAAGCUCUAGGAUUACUUGUCCUCCUGUCCAGUCCCCAGUAAAAAAAACAACCGAUCUGAUCAAUAUAGGAGGUAAAGCCACAGAGAAUGAGGGAAGAUUUCCUAGCCUGGAAAGGUGCUCAGCAGGCUUUUUUUAUGGGUAUGCAGGGACAAAGCCCAUUUAUCAUGGUGAUAGCACUGACAAAUUACUUUAUCAAUGUGUUCUCACCCCUUCCCCCAAAAGAUACAGAAAAUGACCUAUAGCUGACCAGACAUAAAUCUAUAUUUUUGAUUACUGAAGUGGGAAAACAAAAUCUCUUCAGAAUUGGGGCUUUUAUUUUUGAGCUUUAUUUAUUUAACUUAUAAUAAUCAAAUAAUUAAUAUAUUUUCUCUUUUUAUACGAAUUGGGCAGUACUCUUCACUGCUGGCCACAUGGCUGGGUGUUGUGACUUGUAUUGUCUGAAGCUGGAAAAACGCAAUACCACCAAGGUAUAACUCCCCCUAAUGAUGGUUCUAAAGCAAAUGGCUGCAGAGCACACUGGACCAUACUGUCUCUUCAAUAACAGCAUUUUUGCUGCUUCCACAAGGGUUUGUGGCCAGUCCCUAUAGAAGAGCAGCCCAGGGUUUGACAUUAUUAGUAAAGGACAGUUCAGAAUAGGUAUUUGAUGCCUUGAUACCUGUCAGGAAAAGUCAAUGUGCCAGCGACCCAUGUGGCACCUGGCUUUAGUUGGUGCUGGCUAUGGCACCUCAGCAAGCUCCAGAUUCACUCAGUGUGAUGGGACAGCCAUGUGCUGGUGGCUCCACCGGCUUCAUGUAGAAAGCUCUGUGUCUAGCCAGCACUGAUGGUCAAAUUACUGACAAAUUAACAUGACUCCAACUGCAUUUGGAGCUUACAGGGAGUCCAGACUGAUGCAGAUGUCUGCCCUGCCAGGGCUCUGUGUCCACCGACAUGAGGCUGGACUUGGGAGGUACAGAUCCGCACUGGCCAAGGAGACCGACCAGUGCCUACAGCUAGGCAGAGGUGGGAGGGAAAGAACACUGCGGGGGGAAAGGUGGUGACACAUAUUUCUGGGCUGUCUCCCUUUGAGGAGCAGGUGGGACCAAAAUAGGCAAGCCUUUUCCUGGUGAAUCUUCCCUUCUCCCCCCACGCCAAGCAGGCUACUUUGCUUUCUGGAGCCAAAGCAGGUUUGAGGUCCUGGGGCUGGGCCAGCAACCUUUGUCGUUUCCUGUGACUUUUAUAGCCAUGGGCUUGCUGACCUGGAGUUUCUGCAGGUCUGCUCCGUCAGAUGCCAUGCAUGGUGUAGCUUUGCACAGCCCUGGCACUGCUAGGAUGGCUUGGAGGAGAUGGGGUCAUGCCAGCAGAGUGCCCAUGGGAUGGGCAAACCAAAGCUUAAACGGCCUCUGAGAGCAGCUAGUUCCCCACCGUGCAUUGCAGAGUUGUACAUGAUGGAGUACUGGGAUAUUCAGAGGUACUUGCACCAUAAAGCUCUCUGUCUCUCCCCAAGGUGAGCCUGCCUUCACCAAAGCCCCACGUGCCCAGGCUGUCUGGCUGCCUGUGGAACCACUGAAUGGCAGCGAGUCUGGGGGCUGGCAGAGUGGUAUUGGGUGCAGCUUGGGACAGCGGUGCCAUGCAAAGCCCCCUGCAGAGGAAGCAUCUGCAGAGUGCUCUGACAGCUAGCUAAAACAUGGGGAAAGGGGUGGGAGGAGAUACCUCUCAUUAAAAAAUGUGCAUCAGCUAUAACCUUUGCUUCAUAAAGAUAUAUUAAAUAAAUACUAUAUAUUCUAUAAGCCCCACAGCAGUGUGGCUUUAAAUUGUGGCCAAUGAAAUGUAUUUUUUCAAAGAAGUUGUAUUUUUUUAUAGCAAUGUUUUGUGAGGGGGAAGACUUGGUUUUGUGUUUUUGACUUUGGUUUAAAUCUUAGUUUGUUUUCCCUGAGAGACCUGGUAGAAAUGAUUGUCUCGUUCUUGUCCUAGAAGAACCAUCUUGACCUCCUAAAAUUCAGUGUGUGUGUAAAAGUAUAAUAUAGCUUUGGGUGCCUCCCUCCAAGAUCCUGGAGAAAGAUUACCAUUUUUGCAACGCUGUCUUACUUGCAGAAUAACAUAGAAAGAUAGACUAUAGAUAGAUAGAGAGACUAUCCUCCCAGUGAGGGAGGUGGUUUGGUUGGAAGGCCUGACGUAUAUUCAUCCACUCACCUGAAUUAGGCAGGUAACAUAUCCAUGAGUUCAAUCCCAGUUGAACCUGAUUAUGUUUAUAUGCAGAAAGGCCAACUUUCCACAUUUUGGACCUGGGUUUAUGGUAGUUAUAGGAGAGAAGUGGGCUCAGUUUAAAAAGAUAUAGUUAAGGAGAGAAGUGGGCUCAGUAAUGAACCCUGCUUUCCUGAACCAGCACUUUAUACCCCAUCUAUGCAGGAUGACGGUCUGUAAACUGGCAGCAUGUUUGGAGAACGAUUCAGACCAUGAGCUACCAAAGCAGUUAAACCCUUGUGAAGUUCUGAGCUGACUCCCUGUCUCAUUGGCUUUCAUACUGAAAUGCUGUGUUUGUUCAGGACAUUAAUCGUGUGAAAGGCUUAUUGCAGGCGAAGAAGAACGGAAUAUGGUAUGACAUGGGUUACCUCCACCAAAAUAGAAUGCUAUUGUGGAAGGUACAUUGAGCAACUUACCUUGUGAUAAACUGGAUAUUAUCUUAAUUAAUCAUAGGCAAGUCCUCUUCCUCUAGCAUUGCACAGCUUCUAAAAUAAUGAGUUAUAAAUACACCGUUUUCUGCCAACGCCAGCACUCAGCGUGGUUAGCAGAGAUUACAAAUUAGUAAAUGGCUGAAGCUCUACCUGGUGAGGGAGAGUUCGCUCUCUCUGCAAAUUGCAUUGGCUAAACCUCAGUGCUCACCAGUAUUAAAGUGGAGAAUUAACAUAAAGCUGGUUAGACAGGACUCUUGUGUACUCACUGUGCAUUUUAAUCCUAAAUGAAAAACAUAAUAAUUGUGUUGCUUUUUUGUUUCUCCAUGAAUAAUAUUCUCAGCUGAUGGAUUUUGUUUUAUUUUAUUGCUUAUUUAAAGUCCAGCAUUCUUUGUUUCCAUUCCCUUUCCACCGCUGGGAUAAAUGGUGCGGUGGGGGCAUUUUCUCUCUCUCCUAGAAUCCUUGGACUGGAUUUUCCUACAAAUGUGCAGGCAACUUGUUUUGGCCAAAUAGUAAGUGAAUGCAGCAGUGGAAAUAGCCUUCAUUCCAGAGAUUUCAACAAGAACGGGGGUGUGUGCAUGCAUGCACAUGGGUGGAAGAAGUCUAAAUAAAAAAAUCCAAAAUAAAGAGCCUAACUUGCAGAGGAGGCUGGGCACUCCUAAAAUUAUGCAAAAGCUAUGAAAGCUCAAUAGUUAUAGAAACCAGGGCAGACACGGUGUACAAUAUUUGGUGAAAGAAGAUAAUUGUCAUUCUAAUUUUAGUAAUUAGGCAAUUUAGAAUAUACUUGUAUGAUCUUUUGCCCCACUCGUCCUCCAGCUCAAUGUAACGGUAUAUGCUUAAGUCUCCUCAAUCUGUAUGUGAUUAAGUUGACCAAGUGCUCGAUUUCUAUCUUUCUAUAUAUGCAAUUAUGCACAAUCUUUGGGAAAAAAUUAGCCCUUUGAGGGUUAUUUUUUUCCCAACCAUCAGUCUCUUGCAGCAGUUUCUAAAUGCACCAUUUUGCUUUCAUGUACAUUUAAACCCAGCAGCAAAAAAAGAAAAAAAGAAAAAGAAAAAAAAAAACAGCGCUUGGCAUUCACUAGUGAUUCAAUGUGGCAAAGUUGCUUCAGGUAAUCUCGAUGCCUUUGUGCAAAAGUUCAUUGCCAUGUUCGUACUGACUUGCUGAAAAACUAUUUCUUCUGGAAAAUACCCCCAGUGGUAUUCUCUGUAAAAGUUAUGGCUUCUACAAUUGUAUUACUGUAGAAAUCUCUGCCUGAAGUGGAUGUCACGCUGCGUGUUCCUCUCAUGUUGUUUGCAUUGCCUGUUGUUCAUAUGGUUCUUAUUUCUGUAUCUACCUUUUUUUUUAAUCAGUGGUGCAUACCUUUAAAAAAACCCAACAAAACAACCAGAAAACAGCCCAUGGAUUAGAAAUCUUUUUAAACUAAAUUCACACAGCAGCAGCCGGAUGUAUGUCAGUGAUACAGGAAUUUGCAAAGUCUUUGCUUUUUUCACUGUGGGAUUUAUGGUUAGAUUUCACAUAAAGGAGUUAUGCUCAAAGACUUUGCAAAAGAAAAUGUAUGUAAAUGUCUAUUUUAUAUAAAAAGUAGAAAAGUAA